AUGACCGAAGCUGGGCAGAACAUCUUUUUACAACGUGUGCUCUUUAUCUUCGAUGUGACAAAGCGCUCUGCUGGAAAAGCACAAGUCCUACGGCUGUCACUCCAACAAUGGCAGACAGAGUGUGAUGUCUGUUGUGUGGCUGCCUAUGUGCUGGAGGAAAUGAGGCGGUUCCGGGACCCUGAAAACACGAUGGUGUUCCCAGCUGAGACACUGGCUAUUGUGAUCAACCGUCUCAUUGAAGGGGACUUCCAUGAAGAGCUCCGGACAAUCGUUGAAACCAUGGAUCCGGCUUUCAAGCCAGAGCAUAGCACGAUGUGGGUUGAACAUCUCCUCAGUAUGAAGGGCGGUGCUGGCGCGAGUACGGCGCUCGUGGCUGUGGACGACAAGAUUGACGAGAUGACUGCUCAGAACAACAAGCUUCAAUUUGAAGCAGACAGCCUGGCACUUGCCAGGGAUGCUUCUCAACUGGCCCAACUGUUCCAAGCAGAAUCAAAGUCUGAGAGGUCGGCGAGGAUGGCAAAGAUUUGCCAUUUGCGGCAAGAGAAUCAGAUCGGCUCCAGCCUGGCAUCGCAGUGGAUGACCAACCAUUGCCGUCACAGGGCUGGGGCUGUGGCUGAUCUUCAAGAAGAGCUCUCGAAGUUCGUGGCGAAGCUGAAAGCCGACAAUGGGUCCCUGAUUGUGUGGGUGGACUACAUGAAAACGGGCCGCUUGACGACGCAGGACCUCAACACGACCUGUGAUUGUCUCCGCAAGGGACUUGCCUCGAUGCCAGAGAAGUCAAUUGGCUUCGCAAUCGCGCCACUUCUGACCUCAGAUCGCCGGAGUGGUCUCAGAGCUGAGUUGAGGCGGGUGGAGGACAAGCUGGAUGCCAAGUCCCUACAAUCGGAACCCAUAUCUUUAAGAUGUGAUGUGGCACCCAGUACAAAGAAGGUGCAGCUUUGCUAUCCGGCUUGGCUGAUCUUUUCUGGCCCACUCGAGUCCAAUGCAUGGGCCACUUCCCAACUCAUGGCAGAAAGGUCCCUUUCAGACGUUCAGGAGACAGCUCAGUUGUUGUGUGGGGAAGCAAUGCCUGAGGCUAUCAUUAGCAGCCUCCUUGCUGGAAGUGAUGUUGGGCAAACAAUCGGGAUCGUCAACUUGACCCCGUACGACGGCCACUUGGAGAUGCACGUCAUCAAGAGGUUUUGUGGGGGCCCUGUGACCACUUCUGAUGCAGAAAGCCAGCCAGCACCGCCUCUUGAAGAUGUGGCGCCACAGCCCUUCGCCUCAGAACCAGAAACUCUGGACCAACUGCUCGAGCUCUAUGUGGUGGAGAACAAAGUUCCAGCACGUGACCCAGGGUGUACUCUCAUGCUGACAUCUGCAACACGAAGGGAUGGCAGCAAAGUGGAGAUGGUUGAUGGCCAAAAGCUGAAGCUCUGGCUAGUAUCUCACCAGGAAAAGGACAUUGGCGUCGAAGAGUUCCAAAUUGCCCAUGGCAAGUCGACCUGGCUCAAGCAGGAGAAGGUUCAGAAGCUGCUGCGCGAGAGCGCUGGAGGAGUAUGGGAGUUGAACCUACUCCUAUUGAACCUGUACCUGGACAUGUCUGCCUGCCAGGAGGACAUCUUGGACAGUGAGGAGGAAUUGAACAGUGAGGACAACGGCGGUGAGAGUGAUGCUACAACACGUGUGUUGGGAGACUGGGACGAUGAGACCGCUGAGUGUGCCAAGAAGGGCAAGGGCAAGCGUCAGGCUGACCAGAAACCUAGUCAGGGUACGCAGGAAGCAUCCGAAACUAUGCGGGGCACCUAUUGGCAGGUGGUUCAUGAGGCACAGAAACGUAUCAAGAAGGACAACCCCAAGAUGUCGGCCAAAGAGGUGGCUGACUCACCCCCUUCGAGUGAAUGCCAUGAAGCACAUGAGCCCAUCAGAAUUGAGCCGAAGGCGCAUGAGGCCUUCAAAAAAGUGAGGGCUGCUGAGUAA